AUGUCCGCAGCGAUGCGACGAAAAGAACGGCCGGGACUGACCGCGGAUGAGGUUGAAGAAAUACGGGAAGCGUUUAACUUGUUCGAUACAAACGGAUCUGGUACUGUUGACCCUCGUGAGCUGAAAGCGGCCAUGCAGUCGUUGGGUUUCGAGAGCAAGAACCCGACUAUUUUCAAUGUCAUCGCGGACUUGGAGAAGCGGAGUUCGGGUGCAAUCGACUUUGAAGAAUUUUUAGAUGGGAUUACUUCCAAGCUCGGAGAUCGCGAAAGCAAGGAAGGAAUUCGAAAGAUCUUCAUGCUUUUCGAUGACGAUCGCACGGGCUCUAUUUCAUUCAAGAAUCUAAAGAGGGUUGCACAAGAACUAGGCGAGACAAUGACAGAUGAAGAAUUGAAGGAGAUGAUCGAGCGGGCGGACAGCAAUGGAGAUGGAGAAAUCAGCUUUGAGGACUUUUAUGCCAUUAUGACGAAGAAAUCAUUCCCUUAA